AAAAGCAAGUGCAGCAGCACAAGAGGUGGGUUGAUCCCCUACGCAAGACCCGUACGUACGAAACGGCCUCGCAGGUACGAGUCCGAUAACCUGCGAAGCAGCACUCGGAUUUGACCGAGCUUUCUAGUUCAAUCCGUAUGCAAGUCCGAGUAGGGGGGCGAUUGCUCGUGGAUUCACGAUCUAUAUGUGCCGCCCAGAGCUCCUCCAUCCCCUCCCUCGAGUUCCACCUCUGUUCGCGCCAUGGCAGUCUUCCUCAACAGCGUCCACGCGGCGGCGACCCAAGUAUUAGCCAUGUCGACGCGCUGGAAGAGGAACCACAUCACAAUAGGCAGCACCGAGGACUACUACGUGGAUUCGACCUGCAUCGGCGAGGGCAGCUUCGGCGCCGUGUUCAGGGCGCGCCACCGGGCCACCGGCAGGAUCCUCGCCAUCAAGCACCUCACCUCCACGGACAAGAUCGCCAACGCCGCCGAGCUCCUGCAGGAGGCUCGCUUCCUCCAGGACUGCAGCGGGAACCCAUACGUGGUGGGCUUCGAGGGCCUGGCACGCGACCCAAGAACCGGCGACCUCUGCUUCGUCAUGGAGUACGUCGAGGCGCCGAGCCUCGACGACUUUCUCAGGGACACGCGGCGCCACGGUCCGCGGCUGCCGGAGCCCACGGUGCGCGCCUUCAUGUGGAAGCUUCUGAACGGCGCCAAGAUGAUGCACGGGCGCCACGUCGUCCACCGCGACAUCAAGCCGGCCAACAUCCUCGCCGGGGAUCGGGUCCUCAAGAUGUGCGACCUUGGGCUGGCCAUCUCCAUGACCGACCCGCCGCCGUACGACCAGGUCGGCACGCUGACCUACAUGGCGCCAGAGAUGCUACUCCAGAAGAAGGACUACGACGCGCUCGUCGACACGUGGUCGCUCGGCUGCGUCAUGGCCGAGCUCGUCACCGGCGAGGCGCUGUUCGACGACGGCGAAGACGACGAAGAUGACGACGACGGGUCGCUGUCCCAGCUCUGUAGUAUCUUCAGCGUGCUCGACGUCCCAGACGAGACGGCGUGGCCGGAGUUCAAGUCGCUGCCCCUCGCCGGUGAGGCGCUGAGUUUGUUGCCGGCCAUGGUCCAUCCGCAACACAGCAGGCUGCGGGAGAUGUUCCCUGAAGAAACUCUAUCCGCGGACGGAUUCAAGGUCUUGGAAGGGCUUCUUACCUGCAACCCCAACAAGCGGCUCACCGCGGCUGCCGCGCUCAAACUCACGUGGUUCGCCGCUCUUCGUCCCGCCGAUGCCGCUGCUGCCAAGAUCAACGCGCUGGCAUUGCCCACAAAGAAGCCGCAGAAGAUCAAGAUCAUCCCGCCAGUGAUACCGGAGAAGAAGCUGCCGCGGAUCAAGAUCAUCCCAUUCCUUCAAGCGAUACCGGCCGAGAAGCAGCAGCUGACGAUCAGACUGAAAGCACUUUUUUCGGGCUGCCAUGUUGCUAUGUUUUGGUUACAUCCUGGUUGUAUUCUCGUAUUGUUUUUGUUGGUCAAAAUAAAUGUUAUGGUUACACGUGUGGGUUGUCUAUGA